UUUCGGCUUUGCAACGUGGCAUUCGCAGAAGAAAACGACACUGUGUUUGUUCAUUUGUCCGUUUGGUGAUUCAGGAGAGACAAAACGGGACUGUUAAACUUCAUGCAGCGAGAGCCGAGAGAUUUCGACAGAGGCAAGAGACGAACAUAUUUGCAGAGCCGCGUCCUCGCCUCGUGAACCUGCUUCUCCUUUAUGCACAAAGAAGUGCAUACUUUCAUUUUCUCCUUUUAAAGAUCGAAUCUCACAGCUACUCCGCGAGCUCGUAAACCACCUCUAAGAUUUCCGGGAAUUUGGUUAAGUUUGGGGAAUGCAUUGAUUCUUUUAUUGCAUUUUAGGUUCGUCUGAUCCUCACUGCCUUUAUGUGCAGCUCAUUUGAUUUGGAUGCUGUGUUUCGGUUAGAAUGUGCGAAAAUUGAAGAGUUCAUUGGAAGAUUCAAGGUGUUUCUUGAUUUCUACGGAAUUAGGGUAUUGUGAGGGAGUGAAUUGAGCUCUCUUUCAGCUAAUAAUGGAUAAUCUGCGCCUUGGUUUUGCGGCAUUGUAUUUGUGGAUUUAGGGUUUUAAGGGAGAAGUUUAAAGGAGUUGCAAUUCGGUUUUGGAGGUGAAUUUAGUAUUAUGGGGUAAACAUGGAAAUGACGUUAUUGAGAGACUUAUGGCAUAAAGUUGGAGAUAGUUUCCGGGGUAAAUUUUUUUGUAAAGGGCUGGUGUUCAAAUGGGCAUUGGUUCUACACCAGGGCAGCAACUUGAAUGGCUGAUUCUCAGAGAAGUGGUCUUGCCGAUAGGGACGUCGACCAGGCCAUAAUAGCACUUAAGAAAGGGGCAUAUUUACUCAAGUACGGGCGCAGAGGAAAGCCGAAAUUCUGCCCAUUUCAACUUUCAAAUGAUGAGUCUCUGUUGAUAUGGUAUGCUGGUAAAGAAGAGAAGAAGCUAAAACUUAGUCAAGUUUCAAAGAUCAUACCUGGACAGCGAACUGCAAUAUUUCAACGGUAUCCUUGGCCAGAAAAAGAGUAUCAAUCAUUUUCUCUUAUAUACAAUGAUAGGUCAUUGGACUUGAUAUGCAAAGACAAGGAUGAAGCUGAAGUUUGGUUUGUGGGCCUUAAAGCACUGAUUUCUCGUGGUAACCACCAGCAGAAUUGGAGAGUUGAGCCAAGAAGUGAAAGCACAUCAUCAGAUAGUCCAAAAACUCGUAUACGGAGGAAUUCUCCAUCAGUUUCACCAUUUGAUCCAAGAGAUCGUCAAGGAAGUCCGGUUCGUGUUGACAGUACAUCACAUAAUAGAUUGGGAAAGACAUUAUGUGAGAUAAUAGCUUGUACUGCAGUGGCCAAGAGUCCAUGUCAUGCAGAUCUAAUCAGUCCUUUUAGUUCAUUAACAGUUGCAUGUGUAGAUAACUCAACUGGUCGAACUUCUACAACUGAUACAGUAAGAGUCAGCUUAUCCAGUGCCGUAAGUUCAUCCAGCCAGGGUUCCUAUCAUGAAGAUUUUGAUGCCCUAGGUGAUGUUUUCUUUUGGGGAGAAGGUGCUGGUGAAGGAGUACUAGGUGGUGGUGUGCACAGAAUUGGGAACUCUUCUAUUUCCAAGGUGGACGCACUUCUACCAAAGGCAUUAGAGUCUAAAGUUGUUCUAGAUGUCCAUAGUAUUGCUUGUGGUGGCAAGCAUGCUGUGUUGAUCACUAAGCAAGGUGAGAUCUUUAGCUGGGGGGAGGAGUCAGGAGGCAGGCUUGGGCAUGGCAUGGUAACAGAUGUACCCCAACCAAAGCUUAUAGACACCUUGGCUGGGAUGAAUAUUGAAUUAGUAGCUUGUGGAGAGUACCAUACUUGUGCUGUUACUCUUUCUGGGGAUCUUUAUACGUGGGGUGAUGGUGAUUAUAAUUGUGGGCUUCUUGGACAUGGAAGUGAAGCCAGUCAAUGGAUACCUAAAAAAGUAUGUGGUGACAUUGAGAGCAUAAAUCUAUCAUAUAUUGCAUGUGGACCUUGGCAUACUGCUGUUGUGACAUCUUCUGGUCAGUUGUUUACAUUUGGAGAAGGAACUUUUGGUGCCCUUGGCCAUGGAGAUCACAACAGCACAAGCAUCCCUCGUGAAGUGGAAGCCUUGAGAGGACUUAGAACAACCAGAGUUGCUUGUGGUGUUUGGCACACUGCUGCUGUUGUUGAAGUAAUGGCCGAAUCUUCUAGUCCGGGAGCUUCCAGUAGCUCUUCAGUGGGAAAACUAUUCACUUGGGGGGAUGGAGAUAAAGGCCACCUUGGUCAUGGUGAUAAAGAAUCUAGACUUAUUCCUGAGUGUGUGGAUGCACUGGGUGAUGAAAAUAUCCGUCAAGUAGCUUGUGGGCAUAAUCUCACAGUUGCGCUUACAACAACAGGACAAGUAUAUACAAUGGGAAGUGCUUCUUAUGGGCAACUUGGAAGUCCGACAGCCACAGGGAAGCUUCCCACCAUUGUUGAAGGUAAAAUAGCUGGCAGUUUCGUUGAAGAGAUUGCCUGUGGUUCUUAUCAUGUUGCUGUUUUGACUUCCAAAGAGGUUUAUACUUGGGGAAAGGGCACAAAUGGACAAUUGGGUCAUGGAGACAAUAAAGACAGAGAUACACCUACACAUGUUGCUUUUCUAAAAGAUAAGCAAGUGAAGGCCAUAGCAUGCGGUUCAAAUUUUACUGCAAUUAUAUGUCUUCAUAAAUGGGUUUCUAAUACUGAUCAUUCAGUAUGCUCCAGUUGUCGUAAUCCAUUUGGUUUUAGAAGAAAACGACAUAAUUGUUAUAAUUGUGGCCUAGUCUUUUGCAAAAUAUGUACCAGUAGAAAAUCUCUAAAAGCUUCAUUGGCUCCGAACAUGAAUAAACCACAUAGGGUCUGUGAUGAUUGUUUCAAUAAACUAAAGAAAGCUGCAGAUCUUGGUUCAAUUGUACGAAUGCCGAAAGCCAGAGCUGAAAAUACAAACCAGAAAACCAAUGAUGCAGCAGAUAGGGAGGCUCUGGGUCCCAGAUUACAGGCACAACUCUCCAGACUUUCGUCUGCAGAGUCCACUGGUCAGGCUGAAAGCUGGCAUCCCAGGCAUAAAAGAAGAUCAAGUUCAGAUACCAGCCGAAUCUUCCCUGUUGUGCAUGGAACAUGGCAGUUUGAGGGUUUAAAUUCAUCAAAAGUGUCAACUUUUCUUGAUGGCUCUACAAAGAAAAUGUUCCAAAAUUCAGCUCCUAGUUCCAGAAUGGCCUCUCUAGCGACACUUCCCCUUCCAGGAAGGAUAAGUCCACCCCGACCUUCUUUUGACGAUUCAAAGUUCAUGAACAACAGUUUCAUUGAUGAAAUUACAAAUUUAAGGGCACAGGUAGAAGAUCUUACCUCCAAGUCCCGUCGCCUAGAAGCUGAACUUGAAAGAAAAUCAAGGCAACUUAAGGAGGUUGCUGCAAUUGCUGCAGAUGAAGCUGAAAAACGUAAAUCUGCAAAGGAAGUUAUCAAGUCCCUUACCGCUCAGUUGAAGCAGAUGGCUGAAAAACUACCAGAAAGACGGAAUUCCAGUCCUAUUUCAGGUUCUGUUACCAGACACGCUUCCAGUGGUCAAAACAUAUCCUCCAGCGGAAGAUGCUCAUCAAGUGAAAUCUCUCAUGAACUUGAGUUCAAUGGCAAUGCAGUAGAUCAUCAAAUGUUGUCAUACAGAGCGAAAGCUCAAACUGAGAAGCCACAGUGGGUGGUACAAGCUGAACCAGGCGUGUACAUUACAUUGUCUUCCUUGCCAACUGGUGUUAAUGAACUCAAGAGAAUUCGUUUCAGUCGGAAACAUUUCACAGAACAAGAAGCAGAGAAGUGGUGGUCAGAAAAUGGGUCCAGGAUAUGUGAGCUGCACAACAUAUUAAGUACAGAUUACGACGCAGCUCCAUCGGCUUUUGAGAAGAAGGCUUGUCCGAUAGACUGAAAUUGCUCUCCAUGACCUUCGUUUUUUCACUGGCAACUGUAAAUUCUUCUUCUUCUUUUUUUCCCCCCCAGUUAUCCACUGGAGUUUUCAUUGAGGAUCCAGGUAUAGAAUUUGGCAGGUAGAGUGACACAUAAGAAUGUAGGGAAGGUAACAGAAAUAAAUGCAUUUUUGAGUAAUGUGGCAGUAAUUGUUAUUUCU